AUGUCUCAGACUGCUAAGUCCGCCUCCAGCCAGGGCACCGAUGCCAAGGACAAGGGAGCCCCCGCUCCAGCUGCCACCAGCAAGGCCACCAAGACCGGCGAGCCUGGCAUGGGAUCCUACAGAAUCAUGCUGUUCGACCAGGAGAACUUCCAGGGCAGGAUGAUGGAGGUCCAGAAUGAGUGUAUGAACGUGUGUGACCGUGGCAUGGACAGAGUGCGUAGUAUCAUUGUGGAGUGCGGCCCCUUUGUUGCCUUUGAGCAGACUAACUUCCGUGGGGAGAUGUUCAUCCUGGAGAAGGGAGAGUAUCCUCGCUGGGAUACCUGGAGCAACUCCUACCGCAGCGACUGCCUCAUGUCCCUCAGGCCCAUCCGCAUGGACAGCAUGGAGCACAAGAUCUGUCUGUAUGAGCUCUCCGACUUCAAGGGCAACAAGAUGGAGAUCCAGGAGGAUGAUGUGCCCACCCUCUGGGCGCAUGGCUUCUGCGACAGAGUGGGCAGCGUGAGGGUGCCAGGAGGAGCGUGGGUGGGUUACCAGUACCCUGGAUACAGAGGCUACCAGUACCUGUUUGAGUGCGGUGACUACAGACACUACAACGACUUCUGCGCCUUCCAGCCCCAGAUCCAGUCCAUGCGUCGUAUCAGGGACAUGCAGUUCCACCAGAGAGGAUGCUUCACCUUCACCUCCGCCAGCAAGUGA